AUGGAGGAAACCGGUCGCGGGGAAACGCUGUGCAAGGUCUGCGGGGACAAGGCUUCCGGCAAGCAUUACGGGGUUCCGAGUUGCGACGGGUGUCGGGGAUUCUUCAAGCGGUCUAUCCGCAGAAAUUUGGACUAUGUGUGCAAAGAGAACGGGCGCUGUAUCGUGGACGUGUCGCGGCGUAAUCAGUGCCAAGCCUGUCGUUUCACGAAGUGCCUUCAGGUCAACAUGAAGCGAGACGCCGUGCAACACGAGCGAGCGCCAAGGAGCACGUCCUCUCUCGUCGCGGCGGCGAGGAGAACUCCGUCGGGACUUUAUACCGGCAUUCCAAAUGUUUAUCAUCCCGCUGGUACCGCCUAUCAUCCUCUCUUGUAUCCCGCUUUGUUUCCCUUCAAGCCUACGGUACCAGCGUUUACGCCGUCAGUUGCACACUUUUUGCCGCGACCGUCUCCGGAAUCCUUGUCCAUGACUACCGCCAAGGAGGACGAGGUUACCAGCUCCGAGGAGGCGGCCACUGUCGAUAUCAGAAUCGAUUCUAAAGAGGAACUGGUAAACACCCGUCUGGCUCCGCCAGUUAUCACUUCCGUUUCGUCGGAAUACACUAUGUCAAGUUUAUCCCUUCUGCCGACCGAGAACAUCUACGAAUUCGCAGCGAAAUUGCUUUUCUUCGCCGUGAGAUGGGCGAGGAGUAUAAAUUCCUUUCUACAACUCCCUUACAGAGACCAGACCAUCCUUCUCGAGGAGUCGUGGAGCGAGCUGUUCGUGCUGACAGCCGCGCAAUGGAACUUUCCCGUGGACGAAACCACACUGGUGUCCGUGGACAUUCCCCUGGAACGGAGAGAAAUUCUUCUCGACAAAGCGAGAAGAUUGAGAGAACUCUUGGCGAAGUGUGCCGCGUUGAGGGUGGAUCACUCGGAGUACGCGUGCUUGAAGGCCAUAGUUCUCUUCAAACCGGAGUCGCGAAAUCUCUGCGAACCGACGCGCGUGGCGGCGCUCCAGGAGCAAACGGUGGCGGUGUUCUGCGAGAGGGAUGCGCGCAGGGUUGGUCGAUUGUUGCUGCUAUUACCGCCGGCGCGUGCACUCUGCCGUGCCACCCUGCACGAGUUGUUGUUCAAACCGACGGUCGGUGAUGUCAGCGUGGAACGACUGUUGGGGGACAUGGUCGGCGCUCUCAGGCCCGCCUAA